GAGACCGACCUAGAGUCCUACACAUCUCCAAUUAAAACCCUCCAAAAGGCCAUUCACCAUCACCAGCCCGAUCCGUUUCUGGUGGGCAUUGUUCCCAAAAAUAGAAAACGGCCACCGAAGAGUAUCACGCACAUAUUUUUGAGGAGUAAAAAGCGCGCCAAAAAAUUGAACGACGAACUUGUUUACGCAAAGAAGGCUGGAGAUGAUGCUACUGCCUCGAUGAAAGAGAGAAAAUCGUUCGAAAAUGGAAAGGAAACGGAUGUUGUCGGUAAGGAAGCUGUACUGUCGUCGUCGAUGGGUAACAGAGAAAGCGUAGGGAGAGGAGAGGAUGACGAUGGGAGUGAUAAAAAAGAAGUGCAGAGCAGGACUAGCACAUGUCAGAGAUCCACUCCGACAUCCACUCUGGAUGACGGCUACGAGUCCUGCAACAGCACGCCGCAAGGAGGGCAACAAAGAUUAAUUCGCCAACAAUCUAGUCCGUCGUCCACUCUAGGGUUUACACCAAAUUUAAUUCCAAAAAACUUGCAGGUUCAGGUCGAAGAGGACGAAAGAGGAUUCGAAUCACUACUGGCUUCCAGUAGCUCCAGUCAGGCAGAAGCCGAUCCCGACUCUCCUAGGGAAGAAGGAGGUGACGAUCGGGAAACCUGGGCUUCGAACGCGGAUUUUUUACUUUCCAUAAUCGGCUUUGCAGUUGAUUUGGCCAACGUAUGGAGAUUUCCUUAUCUCUGCUACAAAAACGGUGGUGGUGCGUUCCUUAUUCCGUAUAUUUUAAUGUUAGUGUUCGGUGCAGUUCCUUUAUUCUAUAUGGAAUUAAUUUUGGGCCAGUUUAGUCGUCAAGGUCCUAUCAGUGUGUGGCGCAUCUGUCCAUUAUUCAAGGGUGUCGGAUUUUGUGCUGUACUCGUAGCAUUUUACGUCUCGUUCUAUUAUAACGUUAUAAUUGCAUGGUCACUAUACUUCUUGGCGUCCAGUAUAAAAGUGGAACUACCAUGGUUACAUUGUAACAAUGUUUGGAAUACGGACCUGUGUUGGGAAAGUAUGUUGCCGGAAAACAGAAACAACCAAACUGCCGUCCCUAUAAUUAAUAAUAUAUCAACGGUGUCAAUCGUCAAUACGCAUACGCCAGCUUCUGAAUUUUUUCAUCGCGCUGUUCUUGAGAUGCAAUGGAGCGACGGACUUCACGCAAUGGGUUAUCCCAAAUGGCAACUUGUUCUUUGUUUGUUAAUUGUAUAUACCAUGUUGUACAUUUCGUUGUUUAAAGGGGUCAAGUCAUCAGGUAAAGUUGUUUGGGUAACAGCAACUAUGCCCUACGUUGUACUUAGUAUUUUAUUAGUAAGGGGUUUGAUGUUACCCGGAGCCGUGAAGGGUAUCACUUAUUAUCUUAAGCCUGAGUUAUCAAAAUUGAGAGAAGCUCAAGUUUGGGUUGACGCAGCUGUUCAAAUAUUUUAUUCUGUGGGUGCAGGGUUUGGAGUUCACUUAUCUUAUGCAAGCUACAAUACAUUUCAUAAUAAUUGCUUUAGGGAUUGUAUUGUAACUACAAUUGUUAAUUCGUUUACAAGUUUCUUUUCUGGUUUUGUAAUAUUCACAUAUUUGGGAUUUAUGUCUCAUAAGCAAGGGGUUCCAAUCAGCACCGUUGCUACCGAAGGACCUGGCUUAGUAUUUCAGGUUUAUCCUGAAGCAGUAGCCACUUUACCAGGAUCACAUUUGUGGUCUAUGUUAUUUUUCUUCAUGCUCAUUAUGCUUGGAUUAGAUUCAGCCAUGGGAGGUUUAGAAUGUGUAAUCACAGGCUUGAUGGACGAAUUUUCCCGAUUUUUCAAAGAAAGGCCUCAUUCAAGGGAAUUUUUUACUUUGGGGGUUAUCAUUUUGUCGUUUUCAGUAUCCCUGAUUAAUGUGACGCCGGGUGGAAUUUAUAUGUUCCAUUUAUUUGAUACUUAUUCCGCGGGAAUUUCCCUCCUUUGCUCGGCAUUAUUCGAGGCAAUAGCCGUGUCCUGGUUUUAUGGUCUGGAUAAAUUCUCGCAAGACGCUUACGCCAUGCUGGGACGACGGCCCGGGUGCUAUUGGAGAAUUUGUUGGAAAAUUAUAAGUCCUUCUUUCAUCAUCGGCGUCGUAAUAUUUGGCUUGCUGUACCACGAACCUUUGCAGUAUAACGAGUACCUUUAUCCCAGCUGGGCAGAAUGGGUUGGGUGGUCACUGGCAUUAUCGUCCAUUUUAAUGAUACCGUUGGUUGCGAUUAUUCAGAUCAUUAAAACGCCUGGUACUUUAAAAGAGCAACCCUGUUCCUCUAAGACAAUUGAGUCCAUUUUCCCUCAAUUUGUUAAGUUCAAACUUAAUCGAAUAGGUAGGUACCUAUAUUGUGCGAGUAAAUCGUGUAUUUAUUGUAUAUUUGAGAAUAGGUGUUAGCGAAUAUAUGUAUGUAUGUAACUACAACAUAAUAAUAUUGAAUGUCAUACUUAAUUUUUUAUGGCAUACGAUGUCUUUGUUAAUAAGCAAUGCAAUAAGGAAUCUGAAUUAAAGAUACCAACAAAACUGUUUUAAAAAAUGCAAAUAGUUGGAAAUGUGGUUCUUAUUUGAAAAUGAUAUAACAUUUGCAUUAUGUAUAUUGACACUUUAAGAUGAACAGCUUUGAACUUUAUGGAAAUUUGGGAUACAUAAUUUCUGAUUUAGUUUUGAAUGGGGUAGUGGUGAAUUUUCACUCCAGUGUAGUAUUUUUCACAAUACUGGAUUUUGUAUUUCCGCUGAUUAAACAUGAGAAAAAUGUCCACAGAAUAUGGGAAAUUAUAGAAAAAGUGUAAAUAACUCGUUGUAUUACAAAAAAGUUGGUGUAUCUUGGGCAAUAGAAAAUUUAUGGUUGUAUUGGUGCGUAAAAUAUUUUUGUAAAUAAAUAAGUUAAGCCUUUGGAAAAGCAGUAGGUGCUUACUAUCCUUUAUGAUUUGUUAACUAUCAGGUGUUUAAUUAUUAUAUACCUGAUGAUUUUUCUAAAUAUUUUUAAAGGAUACGCACUACUAAAUUUUGGCACAUUAUCCUUCACAAAAUAUUUUAAGCCUUUGGCAAAGCAGUAGGUGCUUACUAUCCUUUAUGAUUUGUUAACUAUCAGGUGUUUAAUUAUUAUAUACCUGAUGAUUUUUCUAAAUAUUUUUAAAGGAUACGCACUACUAAUUUUUGGCACAUUAUCCUUCACAAAAUCUUUUAAGCCUUUGGAAAAGCAGUAGGUGUUUACUAUCAUUUUUGAUUUGUUAACUAUCAGGUGUUUAAUUAUUAUAUACCUGAUGAUUUUUCUAAAUAUUUUUAAAGGAUACACACUGCUAAUUUUUGGGACGUUAAAGGAUAAAAAUGAAAAGUUGACGUAGGGUCCAAAACGUGUUAUAAUUGUAAUUUAAGAUUGUAAAUAAUAACGUAAAAAGUAUUUACAAAACAUUUUCGAUUAUGAUUGCCUUCCAUAGUUGAAAAUGUUCUCAAAUAGAAACAAUAAUUUAUCGUUGUUGUAGAUGGCCAAUGUGGC